GUCACAGGCAAGAAGAGUUGUGAUCACAGGAUUGGGUAUGGUUUCGCCUCUUGGGGUUGGGGUCAAGAGAAACUGGGCAAGGCUAUUGGCUGGUGAAAGCGGCAUUGUUUCAACAAAGACACUGAACAACCCAGAAUACGACCUCAUCCCUUCAAAAGUUGUCGGUGCUGUGCCGAAGGGGAGCAUAUCAGAAGGAAAAUGGAAUCCAGACGACCAUUUGCCACCAUCGCUCUCCAGAAGGUAUGCAUUACUUACCCAAUAUGCAAUUGUCGCUGCGAAAGAGGCGCUCCUAGAUGCUCAAUGGGAACCAAAGACUGAUGACGAGCAGGCAAGCACUGGUGUUUGUAUAGGGACUGGCAUUGGAGCUUUUGGAGAAGUUUAUGAACAGUCCAUGAUCUACCACGAAGGCGGCUACAGAAAAGUUCAACCGCUCUUUGUUCCAAAGGCAUUGCCAAGCAUGGCUUCUGGUGUUGUUUCAAUGACAUAUGGACUCAAAGGUCCAAACCAUACCGUCAGUACAGCGUGUGCUACAGGUAAUCAUGCCAUUGGUGAUGCGUAUCGCUUUAUCAAGGAUGACUACGCCCAAGUGAUGGUUGCAGGAGCCACGGAAACAGGUGUCGUUCCACUGGCGCUUGCUGGUUUCUCUAGGGCAAAGUCACUCUCUACAAAGUCGAACGAUGAGCCUGAAAAGGCCUCUAGACCAUUCGACAAGAAUCGUGACGGCUUUGUGCUCAGUGAAGGAUGUGGUGUUUUAGUCUUGGAAGAAUUGGAACAUGCCAAACAAAGAGGUGCGCAGAUAUACGCUGAAGUUGUUGGAUACGGUCUCUCCGGUGAUGGUUAUCACAUGACUGCGCCAGAUCCCCAUGGAAGCGGUGCUAUUAGAGCCAUGAAGCUUGCACUGAGAGAUCAUACAACCAAUGACAUUGACUAUGUCAAUGCACAUGCCACAUCAACUGCUAUGGGUGACUCUAUCGAGGCACGCGCAUUACAAGUCAUGCUGAAGGACAACAACCAUUUCCAUAUAUCCUCUACAAAGGGGUCUACAGGACAUCUCCUUGGAGCAGCCGGCGCUGUGGAGGGGAUAUUCACCACACUGGCAGUACAUGACCAGGUCUGUCCUCCAACGUUGAACCUGGAGGAUCCUGAUGUCGACUCUGAUGGCCGUGCCUUCCAGUUGAACUUUGUUGGACCAAAGCCUGUUGAAAAAGAGAUCAACUACGCACUGUCAAACAGUUUCGGGUUUGGUGGAAUCAACACCUCUGUACUCUUCAAGAGAUUUGAACAGUAAAGAAUAUGUAUAUAGUAAAGAGAUCGUUCACUCAGUAGUAUAAAUAUACGCGGUCUAUAUAAAAAAUGGAAUGAUGGACCAUUUGGGUACUUUCCCUUCUUC